ACUGACGUGUCCUACUAUACAAAUAACGUGGCAAUCGGUAACUGUCAGUAGUUACGAUAGUUUCGUUCAUAGAUCGAGUACGUGAAUGUAUCAUAUUAGAAUAUUUACUCUUAUCUAUUUUGACAAAGUGUACUAUUAUUAUAAUUAAAUCCAAUUUAUAAGGAAAAAUUCUCAAUCUGUCAGUUACUUGAACACGUCAUUUAAGGUUAUAUAUGCAACGAACAUUGCAUUAGGUAUACCAUGUAUUAUUUAUUUAUUUUCAAAUCAGAAAUAAAUUAAUUUCCGCAAUAAGCAUAAUAUGUGGUCAUCGUGUGAAGUAACAGCUUUUAUGGAGAUAUAUGAGAAUGAAAUCUGAUUUUUAGGUUGUCACGUAAGUCUACGGGAAAUAUUGGUGUUUUCAAUAACACACUAAAAAUUUGCCCUUUUGUCGUAAAAUUUCGAGACGUUAAAUUUCUAUGAUGGGAACGAAUUUAAGAAGGAAAACUGAAAAAAACGAUGCCAUGGAAGAAGGUGUCACGGAACAUAAUCACAUUCAUGAUAAAGCUGAUAUACGUGGAGAUGAAAAAAAUAUAGCUAUACUUUUUUUCUUAUAUCUGUUACAAGGAAUACCUCUAGGUUUAUGUGGCUCCAUUCCUAUGUUAUUGCAAAAUCGAGGUGUUUCAUAUCGACAACAGGCGGAGUUUAGUUUUGUACAAUGGCCAUUUUCGUUAAAACUAUUUUGGGCACCAAUAGUAGAUUCUGUUUUUUAUCAAAAGUUUGGACGCCGGAAAACAUGGUUGAUACCUACCCAAUAUAUGAUGGGUAUGUUUAUGCUAGUACUAUCUGGACAUGUUGAUCAUUGGUUGGGUAAAGAAAAUGAAAAGCCAAAUAUUGAAAUGCUGACUGCAUUAUUUUUUGCUUUGAAUGUACUUGCUGCUACUCAGGAUAUUGUAGUAGAUGGUUGGGCUCUUACGAUGCUUAAAAGAUGUAAUGUAGCAUAUGCAUCGACAUGCAAUAGCGUUGGCCAAACUGCAGGAUACUUUAUAGGCUAUGUUCUUUUUAUGGCAUUAGAGUCUGCUGAAUUUUGUAAUGGAUAUUUAAGAUCAGUUCCAUCGAACGAAGGAAUUUUAACUUUACCUGGAUUUUUAUAUUUCUGGGGUUGGAUAUUUAUUGUUACAACGACAUUUAUUGCUCUUUUGAAAGGUGAAAAUAAAGAAAAAGUUGGUAAAGGUGAAGAGUUGAAUACAGAUAUUAGACAUGCAUACAAGUUACUUUGGGAUAUUGUUAAAUUACCUUCAAUAAAAACAACAAUUAUAUUCUUGUUGACAGCAAAGAUUGGGUUUUCCGCUUGUGAUGCUGUAACAGGUUUAAAAUUAGUAGAAGCUGGUAUACCUAAAGAAAAGUUUGCAUUAAUGGCAGUACCUAUGACACCACUACAAAUAUUUCUACCAUUAGCUAUUUCUAAAUAUACUGUUGGUCCGAGACCUAUGGAUAUAUAUAUGAAAGCAAUGCCUUACAGGCUUGCUUUUGGACUAAUUGCAGCAUGUUUGGUGUGGAUCACACCAUAUAUUAUAAAUAAUGGACAAGUUCCAAUGUAUUAUUUUAUUAUAUUGAUUGUUCUUUAUCUUAUACAUCAGAUAUCUGCAAGUUGCAUGUUCGUAGCAUCUAUGGCAUUUUUUGCAAAAGUCAGUGAUCCUGCUGUUGGAGGUACUUACAUGACAUUAUUAAAUACAUUAUCUAAUCUUGGUGCAAACUGGCCUGCAACAGCAGCUCUUUGGUUUGUUGAUCCUUUAACACUUAGACAAUGUAGUACAGAUGCUUCCAAUGAUUGUAGUACACUUGCGGAAAAACAGUUAUGCACAAGUACUAAUGGUGGUACUUGCAUUAUGCAGCUUGAUGGAUAUUACAUAGAAAGUUUACUUUGCUUAAUAAUAGGAUUCUCUUGGCUCAGGUGGGGUAAACGAAAAGUAAACUUUUUACAAGCUAGGCCAAUAUCAGCUUGGAAAAUCAAUCUAACUCGGCAAAAUAGAUAACACAACAUAUCAGUGUUAAAAUUCAUUAAUGCUGUACCUGUAAUUAUUAGAAAAUAACAUAAUGACUUAAUGCGUAUAUAUCUACCACACGUGGUAUAUGUGCAUUCGUUACGUGCUGCACAUUCAUGAAGUGUUCCAACUUUAUUAACUGGUAAUUGAAUGUAAGAAACUUUCAUUAAUUUAUUCGACAGUUAAAUACAUUAUUGUGUAUACUUAUAUAAAUUUAUUAUAUAUUUUUACAUCAAUAAAAUAAAACCAUACGGCACAAUAUGAGUGAAGGAACUUGAUAUUAUAGGAGAUACAUAAAAAAUUUCUCUCACAAUUUAUAGCACAAUAAGUGGCUUAUGUUGAAUCGUCAACAUUCAUUUAAUAGAUCAAUGUUGUGAGAUCUAUAAUAUAAAGUCUUCACUUUUGUUAUGGCAAUUAUGCACUGGGAAUAAAUAAUGUAAUGAUCAUUGAAAAUUAAUAUUUAACUUUUUUGUAUAAAAGUCCUUUACUUUGUCAUUUUAUUAAAGCUUAUCUUAUAUAUUAUAAAAAUUCUUAAGCAGUAUUUACUAACCUGUGCACCUUGUUUAAUACAAAUAUGAUUAUUUUAUAUUAGCAAUUAAAAAUUUAUUAUCUGUACUUACAUAAAUUUCUCUUACUUCUAUAAGAUUCUCUUAUUUCUAUAACUUAUAAUAAAUAUAAGAUGCAUAUUAAAAUAAUAAAAAUUUCCUUUAUAAAAAGUUAUGAAAGUUCUAGUUGUAAGUAUAUUUAUAAAUUUUGCUAUUUUAUAAAAAAAUAUAUAUAAAUCUACGAAAUAAAUUGAUGUUCUUCCAACAAAUUAGCAAAUGUUCUGAUGAAAUUAAUCAAGAUUACUUACCUAAAUGUAGCAAUAUUUCUCUGUAAAUUUAUUAUAAAUUAUAACGAUUAUUUUGAAUUAUUGUAAUCUACAUAUAUAAGACUACUAGUAAACAAAAGUAGGAAUGUGGGUCAAAAUAAAAUUAAAGAAAGGAA